GCAGUCGUUUUAAUCCAACGUGCGGCCUCGGGAGUGCGAAUCUGCACCGCCACCUUGUUUACGAGUUUAUCCUUCAGAGGAAAAAGAUCUACUCUCACCGCACACGCGCAGUGGGGUUGAGUGCCGCCGCUGCGCUUUUCAAUACAACGGAAAUCUAGCAAUCUUCUUUUUUCUUUGUUACCACGCAGGAGAACACCGCUGUUUACCUUUCCACAUUAAGGCGUAGAACUGCUUCUUUUGUAUUCUAUUUGUUACCCCCCCCCCUCACACAGCGCGUCGCAUCACCUAUCCAUGAACCAAUUGGAGUACUUCCUGGCCAGCACCGACGGCAGCAGGGCAGAUGUGAUGCGCUACAUGCAGCGGCUGCGGGACCUGGAUGAGUGGAUUGAAUACCACCUUACGCUUCUGCGCGCCAUUACGGCAAACCGCGUCGUGUAUCUGGUAGGCGCUGCCCACGAAGAACGCACCCGGCAUCGUGGCGGGCGUCGUGCUGGCGUGCGAGGACGUGGAGGAGGUCGGGGCCGUGGGGGUGGUCGGGGAGGCCCCUCCACCGCAGCCACGCCGCGUCACGUGCACGAUGUGGACGCAGUGGAGAAUGCGGAGGCAGAUGACGGGACUCACGGUGGCCCUGUUCCUUCGCCCGGUGCGGCGACAACGGCGACCACCUACAUGGCGGAGCUGCAGCGGCAGUUUGUGUGGCAUGAGACGUGUGUGCGGCAGCAUUGCCAGGAGCGGGAGGUGCUGGCGGCCGAACUGGCGGAGCGAUGUGCGGAGGUGCGGCUGUCGAUGGCCUCGCGUCUCGCUAACUUUGCCUCCGUGGCCGACGUGCCGGUGACGGAGUUGGCAAGUUAG